CAGCUAUAUUUGGGGUCCUUCGGCGCCGAGGUCAGCAGGGUGUUUAUUGCGGUGUCUCCUCCAUAUCGUCCUACACCGGUUCUUGCUGCCUUACCUGCUGCUUUUCCUCCCUCGCAAGUUGACAUUAACAACGCCAAGAACAGACAUACUCGGCAACAUGGCAGUUCCUCCAGCAUACGCAGACCUCGGGAAAUCAGCAAAGGACAUCUUCAAUAAGGGAUAUGGUUUUGGACUGGUUAAGCUUGAUGUGAAGACAAAGUCUUCAAGUGGAGUGGAAUUUAAAACAUCUGGCUCGUCCAAUGUGGACACCAGCAAGGUCACCGGGGCCCUGGAAACUAAGUACAAGUGGUCCGAGUACGGGCUGACGUUCACAGAGAAGUGGACCACAGAGAACACACUUGGAACAGAAGUUUGUGUUGAGGAUCAGAUCACCAAAGGGCUGAAACUCACGUUUGACACCACAUUUUCACCAAACACUGGCAAGAAAAGUGGCAAGGUCAAGACUGCUUAUAAAAGGGAGUACCUUAAUGCCGGUGUCGAUGUAGAUUUAGAUUUCGCCGGCCCUACUAUCCAUGGAGCAGCUGUGGCCGGCUACGAGGGCUGGUUGGCUGGUUACCAGAUGACCUUUGACACAGCUAAGUCCAAGAUGACCCAGAGCAACUUUGCAGUUGGUUACAAGACCGGGGACUUCCAGCUUCACACCAAUGUAAAUGAUGGUGCAGAGUUUGGUGGAUCCAUUUACCAGAAGGUAAACGACCAACUGGAGACUGCUGUGAAUCUGGCCUGGACAGCGGGCAGCAACGGAACUCGCUUUGGAAUUGCUGCCAAAUACCAGUUAGACUCCAGUGCCGCCAUAUCAGCUAAGGUGAAUAACGCCAGCUUGGUAGGAAUUGGAUACACCCAGACCCUGCGGCCUGGUAUGAAGUUAACCCUCUCUGCACUGGUGGAUGGGAAGAACAUCAAUGCUGGUGGUCACAAACUUGGUCUGGGCCUGGAGUUGGAGGCAUGAGGUUCUGUUCUGCAUUAGAAGAAUUGGAAUAUGAGCUGAAUCUGAGCGUUCCUGUGUGGUCAGACAGCAACAGAUGUUUUAAAGAGAUGAAGCCAAAACAAAAAGAAGAAGCCCCACUUCCCGAGCACUGUUAUGAUGGAAACUUUUCCACCAGCCUCCUUUCAUCGUGGUCACAAUAACUAGUCAUGUUUCAAUCACAUGUAUUUAUCGAUUGGUUACUCCUUCUGCCAAUUUAUCCUCCAUCGUGAUAGAAAAAAAACCCUUGUGUGGGUGUAUUUUGUUCAGGAAUUGUUUCAGAAAACAAAACCUUGUUAUUUGCUGCAGUGUGAUAAUGUAGAAUGUAAAUCUGAGCUGUUAUUUUGCACAGUAGAAUAUACUUUUAUUUAAACUUUCUCCUUUGUUUUAUUUGCACAUUCUAUUUGUAUUUUGGUAGUGACGUUCUGCUUUUGUAGGAAGAUACUUCCAACAAAAUACGCUUAUCAAGAUUGAAGCCGACAUAUCGGCUGGCCUGCACUUAUCUUUCUUAGAGAGGCUUAAUUGUGCCGUGUGAUGAGUUUGAGACCUCCGCUACCUUAAAUACCUGCUUCUAAGUUGCAAGACAAUGCUAAAUGGAUUUUUCCUUUCCUCCAUGUGACUUGAAUGAAAGAAUAUGUGAGUGAAUCAUCCACUUUUCGUCCCGUAUUUGAGGACUGUGACACUAAUCAAGAAGCAGUUUGUGUGUUGGAGUGUGUCUAACCUUUGCAAUAAAGUCCUGAAAUCAA